AAAUCUAAAUGUAAAUGAUUUAGCAGUGCCUUGUAUUCCUAUCUUUGAUUCUUAUCGCUCUCUCAUAGGAUUGUCUGGAUUAGGAUGGGAAUCCAGUAGAUUGGUGGUUCAUUUUAAAAAUGCCAUAUAGCAGAAAAAAUGGAUGGUCAGGUAUCUUAGAGAUUGAUAUUUUUAGGUCUUCAUUACUUUUAUUGUGAUAGCGUUAACAAUUGUGAUGACUUCGAUCUCCAAUAGGAUGAUUUAGAUUCAGAGGAAUCCCCUCUGAUCAGGACGAUAAGUCCUAUUAAUUUUAAGGAGAAAGAUGUUCUUAGUAUGUUAUGGAGUGAUUAGCCUUAAGAAGGUGUAGAUUACUCUAAUAAUGCUCAUUCAAAGGGUAUAAUGAGGGCAAGUUUGAACGGAAAUAAUAAAGCUUUCAUAAUAUCUCAUUCAACACCAAGAUUCCCAAAGUUAAAUAGUGAAGGAGAGUAAUUAAUUUUUUUACUAUAUUUAUUAGAAUUGAUAAUGAAGUUGAUGACAAUUUUCAUAGAAAUGGGCAACAUUUCUUGUGUUUAUCUACAACAACUAGUGAUAUAAAUGAACAUUUAGCAGAAUUAUAUAUAGAAGCAGAAAUUAGUAUAUAUUAACAUAGUGCAACACCUGAUAAAGGUGUCAAAUUUAAUGAAUUUGAACAUUUGGUUGAUUUAUGGGCAACUAGAAGAUCUUCGAGAAAGUCAGGUGCUUCUGCUUAUAAAAAAUCUGUAAUAAAAUUCUGAAUAUUAAAGACUGAGUUGAAAAAGUAAUUGACUUUUGAAACAAGAGGUGGAUAAUCUUUUGAAAUUUUUUCAAAAAAUGAGAACUAUAAAAAAGAUUUUUAUGCAGAAGUUGUAGCACCUCAUUUAAAAUAAGAUUUUGUGUUAGAAUCGUGGGUGAGACAAUACAAAGUAAAAGGAUUAUAGGAAGCAGAUUGUGAUAAUAAAUAUAAAACAUUUUCAAAUGAAGUUGUAAAAUAUACAGGAACCUAUGACGAUGAACUAAUAGAGUUUGAAUAUAGAUACACUAAAGAUCAUUCAAAGUAUGGAAUAACACUUCCUAAAGAUUCUGGAUCUGGUUCAGCAGGUGCCUCAUUUAUCACAAAUACAUAACACACUUUAUAAGGUUAAAUACUUGCAAGCAACGAACACUCAAGAAAAAGAGAGGGAUAGGUUUUUCUUGAAGGUGAUGAUGAUAAAAUGCUUAGAAGAAAAAGAUAAAGAGAUGAAGAAGAAGAAGUUUCAGUUUCUGAUGAACGAACCACUGAAAAGAGAAGAAGAAAAGAUGGUAAGACUUCAUCCAAAAAACUGAAGGUGAUUCAUGAAAAAUACGUUUGUAUCAGUGAUUUAAAUAGACAGCCAUCUCAGUGGGAAAGGGGAGGACUUGUCUAUUGCUUUUACAAUGAAGGAUUGUGGAAGAUUAUAAAAGAAGCAUUUAUAGGGGUACAAACCUGUUGAUGAUUGAUUUACAUACAAG